CCGGUUCCCGGUGCCGCCCCUCGGCUGCCGCUGGGCCGCCCCUGCCCUGGGCCGCAGUGAUGGAGGACCUCAAGGAGGCCGGCGCCGAGGCUCCGCCGGCGGGGACCGGUGCUCGAGGCGGGCUGAGCCUCCUGUCCCAGGGAGAUUCCGAGGAACCUUGCGCGCAGGGAUCAGCUUUAUUUCUUGGAGGCAAUGAAGUGAAGAGCCGAGCUGUGGUGAAAUAUUCUUCCGCCCCUCCUCGAACAGCAUUUGCACGCCUGGAAGAGAAGACAGACUUGAAACUCCCACCUGCCAACUGGUUACGAGAGAGUGCCAAACUAGGGCCAGCAGGAACUACCAUUCUCGGCAAUAGUAAGAAAAGCAAGCCGUUUUCAAGUUUUGGCAUGGCAUAUGACUUUAUUGAUUCUGUGGGAAAUGAUGUGGAUGUUGUCUCUGAUUCUGAAAACAUAAAAAAACUGCUGAAGAUUCCCUACAGCAAGUCCCACGUAAGCAUGGCGGUGCACCGCAUAGGAAGGACACUCUUAUUAGAUGAGCUGGAUAUUCAGGAACUCUUCAUGAGAUCAUCUCAGACUGGUGAUUGGACAUGGUUGAAAGAGUUUUAUCAAAGACUGAUAGAUCAAAAGUGGCAGAGGAAGAAAAAGAGCAAGGAGCACUGGUACCAGAAGGCUAUUCUUUCCAAGUUUUUAUAUUAUAGUAUCAAUGGUGAUGGAGCAGCUCAGCCUGUCCCUUCAGCUGCAGAACGACAGGAAUCAUCAAGUUCUGAUCAGACACAUGACUCAGAAGGGGCUUCAUGGCCUGCUCCCUUUGAAAUGCCUUCUUCAGUUUCUGAAGACCCCAGUGCUUCCAGUCAGGGAAGUGAGCCUCUUGAGCCCUCAUACAUAGUGGGGCAUGUGGCCUCAGCACCCAAAGAACAAAACCUGACUACUUUAUUCAAUGACGGGGAGAACAGUCAGGGUCUUAAAAAUGAUUUUGUUCGGAAUAUCCUGUGGACAUUUGAAGACAUCCACAUGUUGGUGGGAUCCAACAUGCCCAUCUUUGGUGGAGGCAGGUAUCCAGCGGUCAGCUUACGUCUCAGGGAUAACAACAAACCAAUCAAUGUGCUAACUGGAAUUGACUAUUGGUUGGACAACUUGAUAUGCAAUGUACCAGAGCUUGUGAUGUGUUUUCAUGUAAAUGGAAUUGUACAGAAGUAUGAAAUGAUAAAGACAGAAGAGAUUCCCAAUUUGGAAAACUCUAAUUUUUCUACUAAGGUCAUAAAGGACAUUGCACAGAAUAUUUUGUCAUUUCUGAAAUCCAAUUGUACCAAAGAAGGACAUACCUAUUGGCUCUUUAAAGCCAGUGGCAGCGAUAUAGUGAAGCUCUAUGAUCUCACUACUCUUUGUGAAGAAACAGAAGACAAAUACCAGAAUCCAUUCACAAUGCCAGUAGCCAUUCUCUUAUAUAAGGUUGCUUGUAACAUGAUGAUGAAGAAGAAUCAAAAUAAAAAACACUAUGGGACUAUUAGAACAUUGCUUCUUAAUUGUGUCAAAUUGCUGGACAAAAGCAGACAUCCUCAAAUUAUUGCUUCAGCCAAUUACAUGCUUUCAGAACUUUUUCAAUUGGAUGAACCUAAAAAGGAAGAAAAUUCUGAAUCUCCUUUACAUGAGAAUUCGGAUGAAAGUUACAGUGAAGAGGAGGAGGAGAUGCCUGACAGUGAUGAAAAUGGAUCCUAUAGCACCAGCUCUGACCCGUCAGACGACAACAAAGCAGUAGCUAUCAUUAAGUCUGUUGGGGAAUUGUCAGUACCAGAAAAAUACAAGUCCAUCCACCAAAUCAGGCCCAGUUGUGCAUUUCCAGUUUGCCAUGAUACAGAAGAGCGCUGCAGACUAGUACUUAGCUAUGUUCUGGAGGGUUUAAAAUCUGUAGAUAGCAGCAUCAAAAAAGAAAGUGACCUUCCAGCCGCCGACCCCAGCACCCCAAUCCCCUUAAAAUAUGAAGAUGAAUCUGCAAGGGGGGGUCCUGAGGGGCUAGAGAAGCAGAUGGCCUUGUUUUUGGACAAAAUGGGCUCCCUUCAGAAGGGUAAUUAUUCCAGUCAAUCUGGAAUGAUCCCUGGUUCUUGGCAACAUAAAAUGAAACUCCAGCUGAUUCUCAAGUCAUCAAAGGCCUAUUAUGUCUUGUCCGAUGCUGCCAUGAGUCUUCAGAAAUAUGGGAGAGCACUACGAUACAUUAAGCUGGCCUUGCAGAGCCAUGAUACUUACUGCUGCCUGUGUACCAAUAUGCUCUCUGAAGUGUUGCUGUUUCUUUCUCAAUAUCUGACUCUCUGUGGUGACAUCCAGCUCAUGCUGGCCCAGAAUGCAAGUAACAGAGCAGCACACCUGGAAGAGUUUCACUACCAAACCAAAGAAGACCAGGAGAUCCUGCACAGCCUCCACAGGGAGUCUAGUUGCCAGGGAUUUGCAUGGGCAACUGAUUUGUCUACAGACUUAGAAAGUCAACUUUCAGUUAGUUGUAAAUGCUAUGAGGCUGCUAAUGAAAUCUUGCAGUUUAGUGACUUAAAAAGCCAAAAUCCGGAACACUAUGUACAAGUAUUGAAGAGAAUGGGCAACAUUAGAAAUGAAAUUGGUGUGUUUUACAUGAAUCAGGCUGCUGCAUUACAGACUGAAAGAAUGGUGAGCAAAUCUGUGUCUGCUGCAGAGCAACAGUUGUGGAAAAAAAGCUUUUCUUGUUUUGAAAAGGGGAUUCACAACUUCGAGUCCAUUGAGGAUGCUACGAAUGCGGCUCUGUUGUUAUGUAACACAGGAAGACUGAUGCGCAUCUGCGCUCAGGCACACUGUAGCGCAGGGGACGAGUUCAGACGGGAGUUCUCCCCAGAAGAGGGCUUGUACUAUAACAAGGCUGUUGAUUACUAUUUGAAAGCUCUGAGGUCAUUAGGAACGCGAGACAUACACCCAGCCGUCUGGGACUCAGUGAACUGGGAAUUGUCCACUACUUAUUUUACCAUGGCAACUCUACAACAGGAUUAUGCUCCAUUAUCCAGAAAGGCUCAGGAGCAGAUUGAAAAAGAAGUCAGUGAGGCUAUGAUGAAGUCCCUGAAGUACUGUGACGUUGAUUUGGUGUCUGCCCGACAGCCUCUCUGUCAGUAUCGAGCAGCAACCAUCCAUCACAGGCUGGCUUCCAUGUACCACAGUUGUCUACGGAAUCAGGUUGGUGACGAACAUCUUAGGAAGCAGCACCGGGUGCUGGCAGAUCUUCAUUACAGCAAAGCUGUAAAGCUCUUUCAGCUCCUCAAAGACGCUCCAUGUGAACUACUUAGAGUGCAGUUAGAAAGAGUGGCAUUUGCAGAAUUUCAGAUGACCAGUCAGAAUAGCAACGUUGGAAAGUUAAAAACACUCUCUGGGGCUCUGGAUAUCAUGGUGAGGACUGAGCAUGCAUUCCAGCUCAUCCGGAAGGAGCUUGUAGAGGAAUUUGACCAGCCUAAGGGUGGUGAGACCAGUCCAGCUGCUGAUUCUUCUCCUAGUCUUAACAGAGAAGAAGUGAUCAAACUCCUCAGUAUAUUUGAAUCUCGAUUGUCCUUCCUCCUCCUCCAGUCCAUCAAACUGCUGUCUUCAACUAAAAAGAAAACAAGCAAUAACAUUGAAGAAGAUGGACUUCUCAAAUCCAACAAGCAAAUUUACUCCCAGCUUUUGAGAGCUACUGCAAACAAAAGUGCAAGUCUUUUGGAAAGAAUUGAUGUCAUCAUCCAUUUGCUGGGGCAGCUUGCUCAUGGGGGCAGCGGAGUAAGCAGCGGCGCCGUUCAGUGACCUCGCGCAGAGCUGCGUCUGCAGACGUGCUGACAGUGCCUUCUGACCACAGGAGUGGCUUUGUCCAUUCGGUGCUGAGUUUCAUUAAAUGUGAGGAAAUACCCAUUUGAAACAGGCAUGCACUUAUUUCUCAUGACAGACAGACAAUGGUGAGUUCUUUGGCUUCUUCGUUUGAAGUGCUAAAGCCAGAACUGAACUGAAAGCUUCAGCUUUUAUUUCUAUGAGACGUACAUGGUACCUCAAUAUUAAUAGACUUUCUGUUAUGCAAUUAUACUUUCAGAUAUUUUUGAAGUAUCUUGGAUAACAAAGGUUUAAGAUAUUAUUUUGGAUAAAAUGUUGCUUCCACCAAGAGAACCUUUUAUCCAAAUGAUAUUACAGGUUCAAAUGGGUUAAAGAAACUUCCUAUAAAUCUACAAUAUUUCCUUCCAAAUUGCACAAGAGCGUCCCCUUUGUGAAUUUCAGUGCAGGAGUUUUGAAGACUAGCCAUUGUGCACUACUCUAUAUUUAAUGCAUGUUUUGAAGGGAUUCACUUUUCUUCAACUUUAUAUGACAGUUGAUCAGGAAUAGUAUUAUUUCCCCUCCCCUCCUUUUUCAUUUUAAACUUGAAACUGUGAAUAAGGUAAAAAAACUAUUUUGAAUAAACUAUUUAUU